AACCCGAUGGCGUGAAUGCGCAAGCGCAGGAUGAGACCCUAGGGCGCCCGUUGAGCGUGCGCAGAAUCCGGGGCUAAAGAAAGUCUAAAAAGUAGAAGCGUCUGAGCGCAUGCGUACACGCUGGCCUUGCCAACCUAACAGACACCACUGGGUGGAACCGAAAGGUUAGUUGAAUGACUAUUGGGUAGUCGCGGAGUAAUUGGCGCAGAGCUCUUCCAAUGAGUUAUGGGAGUUGGGGGAAAGAUGAAGGCGUGGGCUUUGCGGUGCUAAAGUGAGAGUUCUGUGCUACCUAAGCACGCCCCGCUUGGUCCACCCCUUUUAUUACUGGCUCUCCAACGUCGCGAGCUUCUAUAGCUUCGAACAGCCUCUACUUCCGGUUCAGUACUCGGUGAAAGUAUAUACAGAACAACCCUCCGGACAGGCAGAAAUAGUCGAAAUAGGAUAACGUCGUCUUUCUUAAAGUGACAGGUUCAAAGCAAGCGGGGUCAACUCCACGCAGCGAUUAUCAGAGUAACUCAGCUAUUCUGAAUCCAAUCCUGGAUAAAGUUCUGGACAACGGUCUCAGGUUUUCGCCACUGGGGAAGGGAUAUGAAGAAACGGAUUGUUUUCCAGGUGAGGGGAAGAAGAGAGCCUUAGACAUGUUCCAAGAACUUGAGGUGCAGCCAGUUCAUCUUCCUCCAGUGUUACCCACCACCAUCCCACUAGCUCUGCAAAGCAGAGCUUCUCGUCCUCAUAUGAAAAGAAUGAGGCUCAGAAUCCAUGGAUCAGACAUUCCUACGACUUUGUAGCCAAGGCCAGACUUGAGUUUGCCCCACUCCCAAAUGCAAGCUCUAUAAUCUCAUUUUGCUGAUGUGAUGCAGAUGCAGAGGGUAGAGAUGGGCCGUCCUUAGCAGAGACUAGUUGGGAUUCUUUCGGCAGCGGAGCACCCAGCCCAGGGCUUUCUUUCUAGAUCCCAAAGCCUGUUGUGAUGAAGGGUCUGGGGCUACCCUUUCCCUCCUUCUACUAUUCCUGGCCCGCCUACCCGGGAACUCCCCGCCCGGAGCCUCCGGGUGGGGAGCGGUGCAGCCCGCCCGCGUCAUCUGAUGCUGUUUCCUUCAGGAGGGAGAAGAGCGGAAAAAAGUGAAACUCCACCCUCCACCUCUGCCUCCCGCCCCCGGGGCCAAAGUACAAAGGGAGGAGGAAGAAGGGAACAGGGUCGGAGCCACUGGGCCAGAGGAGCCGGGGCCAGGAAGAGGCAGCUUCGGCCCAACUGGGGACGCUCCCUCCACCCCCUGAGCUAAAAGACCCAACCGGAAUUCAGGCCCCUGAAAGGCCCCACCUUACACUUGGCAAGUGCUGGAGCCAGGCUCCUAGGACUUCUCUGGGACCAGGGAAGCUCGAAUCCCUCCAAGCCAGCCAUGGUGAGGCACCGGAGGCCCCGGGGCCCCACCCCCCCAGCCUGACUACACUGCCUUGGGUGCCCUCCUCCAAAAGCCAGAGAUGCGGGGGGCCGGGAGGCAACACUCCUGGCUCCCCAGAGAGGCGUGGGUCUGGGGCUGAGGGCCAGGACCUGGAUGCCCAGGUUCCAGGACUAGGGCCUCUGCACCCAGCAGGGGUGGAGACCACCGGCAUCCAGAGAAGGUCCUCCACGCAUCCCAACACCAGCUCCCAGCCAUGGAGCCCUUGAAGAACCUCUUCCUCAAGAGCCCUCUGGGAUCAUGGAAUGGCAGUGGCAGUGGGGGUGGUGUGGUUGGUGGUGGAGGACGACCAGAGGGGUCUCCAAAAGCAGCAGCUUAUGCCAACCCAGUGUGGACAGCCCUGUUUGACUACGAGCCCAGUGGACAGGACGAGUUGGCCCUAAGGAAGGGUGAUCGUGUGGAGGUGCUGUCCCGGGAUGCAGCCAUCUCAGGAGAUGAGGGCUGGUGGGCGGGCCAGGUAGGUGGCCAGGUGGGCAUCUUUCCAUCCAACUAUGUGUCUCGGGGUGGUGGCCCACCCCCCUGCGAGGUGGCCAGCUUCCAGGAGCUGCGACUGGAGGAGGUGAUCGGCAUUGGUGGCUUUGGCAAGGUCUACCGUGGCAGCUGGCGAGGUGAGCUGGUGGCCGUGAAGGCAGCUCGCCAAGACCCUGAUGAGGACAUCAGUGUGACAGCUGAGAGCGUUCGUCAGGAGGCCCGGCUUUUUGCCAUGCUGGCACACCCUAACAUCAUUGCUCUCAAGGCCGUGUGCCUGGAGGAGCCCAACCUGUGCCUGGUGAUGGAGUAUGCUGCUGGUGGACCCCUGAGCCGUGCCCUGGCUGGGCGCCGUGUGCCCCCCCAUGUGCUAGUCAACUGGGCCGUGCAGAUUGCCCGUGGGAUGCACUACCUGCACUGCGAGGCCCUGGUGCCCGUCAUCCACCGCGACCUCAAAUCCAACAACAUUCUGCUGCUGCAACCCAUUGAAGGUGACGACAUGGAGCACAAGACUCUGAAGAUCACUGACUUUGGCCUGGCCCGAGAGUGGCACAAAACCACGCAAAUGAGUGCUGCAGGCACCUAUGCCUGGAUGGCCCCGGAAGUUAUCAAGGCCUCCACCUUCUCUAAGGGCAGCGAUGUCUGGAGCUUUGGGGUGCUGCUAUGGGAACUGCUGACUGGGGAGGUGCCCUACCGUGGCAUUGACUGUCUUGCUGUGGCCUAUGGCGUGGCUGUUAACAAGCUCACACUGCCCAUCCCAUCUACCUGCCCCGAGCCCUUCGCACAGCUCAUGGCCGAUUGCUGGGCGCAGGACCCCCACCGCAGGCCCGACUUCGCCUCCAUCCUGCAGCAGUUGGAGGCGCUAGAGGCGCAAGUCCUACGAGAAAUGCCGCGGGACUCCUUCCAUUCCAUGCAGGAAGGCUGGAAACGGGAAAUCCAGGGCCUCUUCGACGAGCUGCGGGCCAAGGAAAAGGAACUACUGAGUCGCGAGGAGGAGCUGACGCGUGCGGCGCGCGAGCAGCGGUCACAGGCGGAACAGCUACGGCGGCGCGAGCACCUGUUGGCCCAGUGGGAGCUAGAGGUGUUCGAGCGCGAGCUGACGCUGUUACUGCAGCAGGUGGACCGCGAACGGCCACACGUGCGGCGCCGCCGUGGCACCUUCAAGCGAAGCAAGCUCAGGGCGCGCGACGGCGGCGAGCGUAUAAGCAUGCCUCUCGACUUCAAGCACCGCAUCACCGUGCAGGCCUCCCCCGGCCUUGACCGGAGAAGAAACGUCUUUGAGGUGGGAGCUGGAGAUUCGCCCACUUUCCCGCGGUUCCGGGCCAUACAGUUGGAGCCUGCAGAGCCAGGCCAGGCAUGGGGCCGCCAGUCCCCUCGCCGUCUGGAAGACUCAAGCAAUGGAGAGAGGCGAGCUUGCUGGGCCUGGGGUCCCAGUUCCCCCAAGCCUGGGGAAGCCCAGAAUGGGAGGAGAAGAUCCCGCAUGGACGAAGCCACUUGGUACCUGGAUUCAGAUGACUCCUCCCCCUUAGGAUCUCCUUCCACACCCCCAACACUCAAUGGUAACCCCUCACGUCCAAGCCCAGAACCUGAGGAGCCAAAGCGGCCCAGCCCAGCAGAGCGCAGCAGCAGCUCCGGGACACCCAGGCUGAUUGAGCGCGCACUGCUGCGUGGCACUGCCCUGCUCGCCUCGCUCGGCCUGGGCCGGGACCUGCAGCCUCCAGGAAGCCGUGAGCGUGGGGAACCCCCGCUGACACCCCCUACACUGGUGCCCGCACCAUGCUCUGCCGAGCUGUCCCCUUCCCCACUUGUGUGCCUCUCACCCAAGGUGCUGGGUACCCCACCCACCCCUGCACCUCUGCUGCUGGACCUGGGUGUCCCUGCAGGCCAGCGGUCAGCCAAGAGCCCCCGGCGUGAGGAGGAGACACGCGGAGGCACUGUCUCACCUCCACCAGGGACAUCACGCUCUGCUCCUGGCACCCCAGGCACCCCACGCUCACCGCCUCUGAGCCUCAUCAGCCGACCUCGGCCCUCACCCCUCCGCAGCCGCAUUGACCCAUGGAGCUUUGUGUCAGCUGGGCCACGGCCUUCACCCCUGCCCUCACCACAACCUGUGCCCCGCCGGGCCCCCUGGACCUUAUUUCCAGACUCGGACCCCUUCUGGGACUCCCCACCUGUCAACCCCUUCCGGGGAGGUCCCCAGGACUGCAGAGCGCAGACCAAAGACAUGGGUGCCCAGGCCCCAUGGACACCGGAAGCGGGGCCUUGAGGGGGUCAGGCCACUGCCCAUGCUCCAGCCACUUAGAGGAGCCACAGCAUACACUGGAACGGGAACCAGGUCAGCCUCUGUGGUUGCCUAGCUUACCCCCAGGGAUUCUACCCCCUUUGGGGGUCAGGAACACUACACUGCACAGGAAACCUUCACACUGGACAGGGGGCCUACACCCCCUACACCUGCAAACUGUAGGUCCCCCUGACUUACCUGCCCCCUAAUGGGGCCUGACACUGUACCCAGCUGGUUGGGAGGACCAGAGCCUGUCUCAGGGAAUUGCCUCCAGAGGUGGUGCAGGGAGGAGGGGAGGUGCAGGGGAGAGGGGCUGGCCUCAGCUGUCACCAGCACUUUUGACCAAGUCCUGCUACUGUGGCCCCUGCCCCAGGACUUAGUCCCUCAACCCUCCUGCCCUAGGGGUCACCUGGGGCUGGGGCUCUCCGGGUGCCUUUCUGCUGCCCCACCCAGGGUUGGGACCUUAGCCUUGGGAUCCAAUGAAGCCAAAUAAACUCAUAAGCCGUUGCCCCAAA